GAUGCAACCCGCCGACUUAUGCCGAGCCGAAGUCGUCUCCGAAAGGUGAGCAGCGAAGGAGCUAAGUGCUGAGUGGGAGAUAUUGAGUCAGUGACCCAAGCAUUUCCGAGUUUCGGACACCCUGGCCCCAGUGCCGUAUGCGAAGUCCUACGGAACCUGGCGGAAGAUCAAAAUGUCCAGUGACAAUCGAGCCGGUUCCAUCAGCAAAAGUGUUCAGAAGCACGCGGGGAGAGCCAAGGAAAGAAUACUGCAAAAUCUAGGAAAGGCUGAUCGAACGACAGAUGAUAUCCUGAAUUUGUAUAUAAGCAACUUCAACAAACAACAUGCGUCUGCACAAAGAUUAAGCAAGGAAUUCAAAAACUACGUUUCCUGCGCAAGAGCUAUGCAGGCCGCCAGUAAGAGCUUGAUGGAUACACUGACCGAAAUGUACGAACAGAACUGGGCCGGGUGUGAACAACUUCCUGUAAAAACUCAGGUUCUUGAAAUGGUGUGGGACGAUUUUUGCCAUAAACUCAAUGACCAAGUAGGAGUUCCAAUAGCCACAUACCUCAGUCAAUUUCCAGAGAUAAGGAACAAAAUCGCAAAACGAGGAAGAAAACUGGUGGAUUAUGAUAAAUGUCGACAUAACCUACAGGCGCUUCAACAACCCAGCAGGAAACGAGAAGAAAUGAAAAUUGGAAAGGCAAAAGAGAGAUUAGAUGAAGCGCGCAAGUUGUAUGAAGUUAUCAACAAUGAACUCCAUGAUGAAUUACCAGCUUUAUAUGACAGUCGGAUAUCAUUCCUGGUCACCAAUCUACAGACAAUGUUUACUUCCGAAAAUCAAUUUCACCAUGAAAAUGCCAAAAUAUACAACCAAUUGACUGAGCUUGUUGAAAAUCUUGCUUUGGAAAAUCAGAAAGGAAAAUACAGAACAAGGAAACCUGGAUCCCCUCUUAUCCUGAAAAAUGAAGGAGAUACAAGACCUUAUGAGGAAAUUGAAUUCAAAAAGUCAAGAGUUUCCAAUGGUGAAAUCCUUUCAUCAAAUACAUUACCGAGAACAGAGCAUAAAAUGAGGGAGAUAAAUCUUACAGUAUCACAAACAAAUGCCAUGAAUGCUGACAGUUCAAACAUGGACCAACUGAGAAUGCCACUUAAAAGUGAAAAAGACUAUGAGCCAGUGGAAAUGAACGAUACUCUGGACUCUAAAGAUUCCAACAAGCUUGACGAGCUGUAUGACAUACCUGUCGGGGCAACGACGACAGAUUUACCUGCUGGAGUUUUAUACAGGGUUCGCGCCACCUAUAAAUACACAGGUGAAGAUGUCGACGAAUUGUGCUUUGAAAUUGGAGACAUCAUUCGAGUGGUAGAAUACGAUGACCCCGAAGAGCAAGAGGAAGGAUGGUUAAUGGGCAUCAAAGAAUCCACGGGUGAAAAGGGACUCUUCCCAGCAAAUUUCACAAGACCUAUUUAAAUUAACUAAUAAUUUGAAGAAUCAGCAACAAUUCAAAAAAAAAUGUCUGCAGAACUUUAAAGGAAUAUAAAGCUCUGUAGAAGAGAUGCAUUUUUACUGGAUUCAAAACUUAUUCCCUAUGUUAAUUUGUUGAGUGUAUUGUUUUUAACUCUUAUAGAUUUUAUUUCCUGUUAUAUCGUUGUAUUCUGCAUAUAAAAUAUUAAUCAAUAUUCUGAAUAUAGAUAGAGAUAGUAUUGUUUUGCAAUGGCCUUGGAAAAUUUCGAUUACCGGUUACUACUUUUAAUUUAAAUUCAUUCUAUGAUCGUAUAACAUACGAAGUAUUUUAAAUUAUUCAUUCACAGCACACAGGUUUAUAUGAUUUUAUUUGGGUUCAGAAAACAGCAAAAUAACCUUAUUAACAUUUUUAAGAUACCAAGAUAAGGAGAAGAAAUGGGAAAUAAAAAUGAGCGAAUUUUAAGAUUCAAAUGGUACAUUUCACGGCAGUGUUUGGGAUUAACUGCGAAGUUAUUGAGUAAACUUCAAAUGAUUUUUCAUGUAAAGAACAAUUUCAUGAAAAUUUGUAAUAUUUUUGAUUUUGUCUUCAGUUAUAGCAUUUUAAAUAUGAAUGAAUGUGUAAUACAGAGCAUUGCAAAAGUAAUGCUUUAAAUUAAUGUCAAAAGCAAAUAAAAUAUACAUAUUAUUCACAA